AGUUUGUGAAAGUGUUAGAUAGAUUAUUACAUAUCAAUUAAUUAAUUUUAGUUUCAGUAGUUCUUAUUAUCUAUUAUUAUUUCUUUUGAUUGGUAAGUUCCUAGUGGGUUUUGAACCCAUGAUCUCACCCUCCACCAGGCACUGGCAAGCGGAGAAGUUGCUAAUUUAGAUAGAGCUCAUUGGCUCUUAUAUCUAUCAUUAGGAUUGAGAUUCUUCAUCUUCAAAUUGUGGAUAUGAACACUCGACAUUUUUGAAUAAAUACUGGAUCAGCAGCUGAUGACUCCCUUUAUAUACAAUGUCUCUUUGUAAGCAGAAUCAAUCUUUGCAAGAUAGUUGCUAAUUUUCUUCUGAGAACUAAGUGACACGACAAGAUGGAGGACUGGGAGGAUGACCAAAUUCCAGCUAUCCCUACAAAGGAGCAGCCUAAAAAUAAAUGGGAUGAUGAAGACGUGGAUGAUGAUGAUGUAAAGGAAUCAUGGGAGGAUGAAGAUGAACCUACACCAGCACCUGAAACUAAACCUCCAGUUGAAAAGGCUCCAAAGAAACCCACAGUGAAAGCAACUGAAAAGAAAGGAAAAACUGUUGGAGUAGUACAGGAAGAGCCACUAGAUCCUGUAGCUGAGAAACUUCGCCAACAAAGACUGGUGGAAGAAGCAGAUUAUAAAUCUACUAAAGAACUUUUUGGUGAGAGAGGAGACGAGAAGACUCUUGAUAAUUUUAUUCCCAAAUCAGAAAGUGAUUUCUUGGAAUAUGCGGAGCUCAUAUCACAUAAACUGCGUCCAUUUGAGAAAAGUUUCCAUUAUAUUUCUUUACUUAAGGCUGUAAUGAGACUGUCAAUGACUGCUUUGAAAGCAGCAGAUGCAAAAGAUGUUGCAUCUUCUGUCACGGCAAUUGCAAAUGAAAAGCUAAAAGCAGAGAAGGAAGCAAAUGCUGGUAAAAAGAAGACAGGCUCUAAGAAAAAGCAGCUCCUUGUAGACAAGCCAGACGAUGAUUUGGUUGUGAAUGGCUAUGAUGCUCUUGAUGACUAUGAUUUCAUGUGAGUGUUUCGUUCUUGUCAGAAAUGGGGUUCUGCUUUUAAAACAUUGAAGGAGGGGUAAUCCUUCAUCAUCCCUUCCACAGAUAUUCAUGAGUGUUAUUGCUGUAUCUGUUUAAUAAGAGAAUGUGUCUGAUUGCCUUCUAUUUGUUAUGGUCAAUUUUGUUAGUUUUGGACUAUAUUGUCUGCAUAUACUAUAUGUUUGUGCUUUGCCUGAGUCAUUGAAAAACUUGCGACUCUGUUGAAAGUAAAAUUACUAUUUAUUGAGAUUAUUUAUUUAUUUAAUUCCUUCAA